AUGAACAGCUUACAUUUCAAGUGGCCAUUAGGGGCUCCUAUGCUGGCAGCGCUAUAUGCAAUGAGUGUGGUUUUAAAAAUGCUGCCUGCUUUGGGCAUGGCUUGUCCACCAAAAUGCCGCUGCGAGAAGCUGCUCUUUUACUGUGACUCUCAGGGGUUUCACUCAGUGCCAAACAACACUGACAAGGGCUCUCUAGGUUUGUCACUGAGGCACAAUCACAUUUCUGAACUUGAAAGGGAUCAAUUUGCAAGCUUCAGUCAACUUACUUGGCUCCACUUAGACCAUAAUCAAAUUUCAACAGUUAAAGAAGAUUCUUUUCAAGGACUCUAUAAACUUAAGGAAUUAAUCCUAAGUUCCAACAAAAUAUCUUACUUGCCAAACACAACUUUUAGUCAACUGCUUAACCUGCAAAAUUUGGACCUGUCUUUUAAUCAGUUAUCAUCUCUGCAUCCAGAAUUGUUCUAUGGCCUUCGGAAGCUGCAAACCUUACAUUUGCGUUCCAAUUCCCUGCGGACCAUCCCUGUUCGCCUUUUCUGGGACUGUCGUAGUCUGGAGUUUCUGGAUUUGAGCACAAAUCGUUUGCGAAGUUUGGCACGCAAUGGAUUUGCAGGAUUAAUCAAACUGAGAGAGCUUCACCUAGAGCACAACCAGCUGACAAAGAUUAAUUUUGCUCAUUUCCUACGGCUAAGCAGUCUGCACACGCUCUUCUUACAGUGGAACAAAAUUAGCAACUUGACAUGUGGGAUGGAGUGGACCUGGGGCACCAUAGAAAAGCUUGAUUUGACUGGAAAUGAAAUCAAAGCCAUCGAUUUCACAGUAUUUGAGACCAUGCCUAAUCUUAAAAUACUUCUAAUGGAUAACAACAAGCUACACAGCCUGGAUUCCAAGAUCUUAAAUUCUCUCAGAUCCUUAACUACAGUUGGCCUCUCUGGCAAUCUGUGGGAAUGCAGCCCCAAAAUAUGUGCACUGGCCACAUGGUUGAGUGGCUUCCAAGGUCGGUGGGAGCACUCAAUACUGUGCCACAGCCCAGACCACACCCAGGGAGAGGAUAUUCUAGAUGCAGUUUAUGGAUUUCAGCUUUGCUGGAAUUUAUCAACUACUGUCACUGCCAUGGCUACAAGUUAUAAAGAUCCAACCACUGAAUACACAAAAAGAAUAAGCUCAUCAAGUUACCAUGUGGGAGACAAAGAAAUCCCAACUACUGCAGGCAUAGCAGUUACUACUGAUGAACACUUUCCUGAACCAGACAAUGCCAUCUUCACUCAGCGAGUAAUUACAGGAACAAUGGCUUUAUUGUUUUCUUUCUUUUUUAUUAUUUUUAUAGUAUUCAUCUCCAGGAAAUGCUGCCCUCCUACUUUAAGAAGAAUUAGGCAGUGCUCAAUGAUUCAGAACCACAGGCAACUCCGAUCCCAAACACGACUCCAUAUGUCAAAUAUGUCAGACCAAGGACCAUAUAAUGAAUAUGAACCCACCCAUGAAGGACCCUUCAUCAUCAUUAAUGGUUAUGGACAGUGCAAGUGUCAGCAGCUGCCAUAUAAAGAAUGUGAAGUAUAA